AUGGUUCCGACGAGACAUUUGGCUCCUUACAACCCUUUGAAAACUGCGAGUAGAUUUGUCAUAAAUUCUCGGAAUAAUGGCCUGGCCGUCGCCCUAACUUUGCGUCGCAGCCGGCACCGCUGUCUGAGAAAAGAUCUGCGAGAACGCGACUGGCGGAAGAGCUGCAAUGAAGCCAGAUUAGGAAGAAGCAGAAAGUUGCUGAGCGAACAUUCCGCAUGCGUCAUUGAGAGUAGUCUGCUUUCACGUGGAAACCCUUGCGAGUUAAGUAUUUUUCUAUUACAAAGCGUAGUCAAGGCUGUUUCCCGAGUGCUUUGUGUGAAGAGCCCUGUGGGGCCUGCUUCGGCGGUGGGUGAAGAUGUGAUCGGCGGAGCGAUCAGUAGUUUGUUUCAAGCCUUUAUAGUCUCUCCAGAAAGGAGCAGUGAUAAACCACCCAGUUGUUUGGCUUUAUGCAUGGAAGGGGAGUCGCGAAGCAGAGGAGAAAAAAUUGAGUUCACGUGUGAACAAUAUUUAGUGAUAUUAGGGUGCAAGCAACGAACGAGCGAAUAUCGUCAACUUCAUACGAGUGUAUUAAUAUCCUGUACAGCGAAGCUCGAGACCAAGGCGUUGAAGGCGAAGCGGCCCGGCUUCACGGAUGACCGCUAUAACGAGACCUCGUACUACAUUGAGAACGGUGAGUACUAG